CAGCUUGGAGGCAAGACCAGACCUGUCACCACUCUCUGACAGCAGGGGAGUGGCUCAGUCCCUGAAGAUUGUUUUCCAUCUCCCCAGUGGCUGGCAGUCCUACCACAGGACUCCUCUUGAGGAAAAUUUCAAACUUGAUGUCAGAUUUCUGACUAACAGCUUGGCUUACUUGUGCUCUUUCUCUUUCUGAGGCAUUUGUAACGACUGGUGCCUCCGCAGGCUUCAGGAAAUAGCUUGGCUAAUGAAAACUGGAGGCCAAAGGAAAGGCACUUCCUGUCAGUUAAGCAGCAAAACAAGCCUUACAACCUUGAACACGUCUGCAGCCCCUUGCUCAGUAACAAUGCUGCGGGAAAUGAGAUAAUAGCAAGCCCUUCUGUGCAACCUACAUGGGUCCCACGCAGCUCGCCACACAGGAUCAUGGGAAGAGGGUGGCAAGUGUAUUUGAGAUGGAGGAAGGGUUUUCACUUUUCUCUAGUUCAGAGAACCCAUCAGAGCAUACAGAAAAUCCACCCCUGAAGCGAAAGAAAGGCCCAGCCCCCAAGAUGCUGGGAAAUGAAGUGUGCAGUGUGUGUGGGGACAAGGCCUCUGGCUUUCACUACAACGUGCUGAGCUGCGAGGGCUGUAAGGGCUUUUUCCGCCGCAGUGUCAUCAAGGGUGCCCAGUACAUCUGCAAGAAUGGUGGCAAGUGCGAGAUGGACAUGUACAUGCGCCGCAAGUGCCAGGAGUGCCGUCUACGGAAGUGCCAGGAAGCAGGAAUGCGGGAGCAGUGUGUUCUGUCUGAAGAGCAGAUCCGGCUGAAGAAGCUUAAGAAACAGGAAGAUGAUCAGGCACGGACUGUUGUUACACGCCCAAACCCCCCGCAGACCCCAAGUACCUCACACAAACUGACCCCCGAGCAGUUAAACAUGAUAGACAAGCUUGUGGCAGCACAGCAGCAGUGUAACCGGCGCUCCUUCACAGACAGACUCAAAGUGACGCCGUGGCCACAAGUUCCAGACCCUAAUAACCGUGAGGCAAGGCAGCAACGUUUUGCUCACUUCACAGAGCUUGCAAUCAUCUCUGUGCAAGAGAUUGUGGACUUUGCCAAGCAGCUGCCUGGUUUCCUGGAACUCACCAGGGAAGAUCAGAUUGCUCUGCUGAAGACAUCCACCAUAGAGGUGAUGCUGCUGGAGACCUCUCGGCGCUACAAUCCAGAGAUCGAAAGCAUCACCUUUCUUAAAGACCUGAGUUAUAAUCGGGAUGAUUUCGCCAAAGCAGGAUUGCAGUUCGAGUUCAUUAACCCCAUUUUUGAGUUUUCAAAGGGAAUGAAUGAUCUACAGCUCAACGAUGCUGAAUAUGCACUUUUAAUUGCCAUCAACAUUUUCUCUGCAGACCGACCGAAUGUGCAGGACCAGGCCUUGGUGGAGAGGCUGCAGCAUACCUAUGUAGAGGCCCUUCAUUCUUACAUUUGUAUCAACAGACCAAAUGACCACCUGAUGUUCCCGCGGAUGUUAAUGAAGUUGGUCAGUCUUCGGACUUUAAGCAGCGUCCACUCUGAGCAGGUGUUUGCCCUUCGAUUGCAGGACAAAAAGCUCCCUCCUUUGCUCUCUGAAAUCUGGGAUGUGCAUGAAUGACCAUGUGCUCUCAGGGCACUGACUUGGUGAAGUAACAGCCAUCUCCCAGCCUUUGCUAACAAGAAGCAAAGCCAGCUUCUCUCCAGAGCACUGAACUGUAGGCUAGACAGUGCAGGGAGCAAUGAGCCUGUGGUUUCUAUGAUGUGCUGAGACUGUGCAAGAGGCAUCUGGGAUAGAUCAGAUGGUUUGGGUUGCUGGGGGUCUGGGUAUUUGUUUUUUGGGGCUUUUAUUUUUAAUCUUUGAUUUUAGUGCCCUCCCCACAGCAAUGGAUAACGUGAAACCCCUCAGAAUGGUGAACUGAACACCAUAUCCCAAACGUCUCUUCAAGGUCUGUUUUUCUUUUCUGAGCACAUGUCCUGGGGUUUUGCCACACCUAUCCUUUCCCCUUUCAGUGAUUUUUUUUUUUUUUUUUUUUUUUGAAUUUGAAAGUGAAUUUGAUUUGCAGGCAUUUUGCCAAACCCUCUUAAUCUUCGGGAGCAACCCAGACCAAAAGGCUUCUUCAGGGUCCCCAGCACACGUGAAUCUGAGGAUCUCAGGGAAGGGGGUUGGACUAGAUGACCCUUGAGGUCCAUUCCAGCCCUAUGAUUCCAUGAUUCUGUGUGGGUUUUCCUGGGGGAUCGCUGGGUUUCUUGUACCUAAAGUCUCUGUUAUGUGCUGCCCUUCACAAAGAUUCCCAGAGAAGUGGCUUAUUGCUGGCUAUUUAAUACUUGUGAGAUGAUGUUCUGUUGAGGUCCCGUCUGACCCUAGCAUCUAUAAGAACUGGGUGUAUGGGGGAGGUUGUAUGGGCAAGGAUCAUCUUCUGUGCCCAACAGGGAAAACAUGCUUGAAGUUGUGGGGAUUUUUUUUAUAAAGUGACCCUUGACCACAGUACUGUCCUGUGGAUCCCUAUACAAGUCUGUUCACUUCUUUCAUUUUGGAGCUGGGAAAAAAAUAGUUUUAAAAAUCAUGGAACAGAUUUUGUGUUGGGGUGGAUCAGAAGAAAGUAAGGAAAAUAGAAACAUUGGUGUCUGGGCAAGAAAGGUGGCGGAACCCCCAGAAAUGUAGAGUGUAUUUCAUGUGUUCCAAUGAGAAUGUCAAGAUUAUCAGCUGGGCAGAGAAUACAUUGUAUUUAUAGCAUAAUAACAGGUAUUGCCCAACCUAUGGGCUGCACUGCUUUCUGAGAACUCUGUCUGCAGGAGUUCUGAGCAUAACUAGCUCUCCUUGAGUCUUCCCCCUUAUGCCAAAGGUCUUUCCAAGUUGUAUGGACAAGUUUUAGUCAUUUCUUCUCUUGGUGUAUGCAGAUGUCCCCCAUGUGAUGAGUACUCUCCUGUUCUGGGAUAUCUAGGUUUUAAAUCCUUUCCUCUUCAUCUUGAGCAGUGGUGAGAAUCACCCACCAGGGACUUAUGCCUGUGGUCCUUUAAGUAUUUUAUUAUGUAGAGCAAUAUUUUGUCUGACAAAAAAGAUUUUAAUUGCAAAAUGUGCUAGUCAUUAUAUAAGAAGCAACUUAUUGAGUUAAAUCCCUAAGAUGUAACCCUAAAUACCCCUGUGGCCUGAUCUGAUAAAACUUUUAACAGGGAUCUGUUUGCCCAGUGAACAUCCUGAGAACCUAUGUUCACAUGGACUUGUAUAGGGUUUUUUUUUUUGGCUGUGUACCUGAACGCUACGCCCACGGUGAGGGUAUUGUGUCUGUUUUGCACUUGAGGUUGGUCCCCUGCCACUGGCCUUCACUCUGCACCUUUGUAAAGCACUUGUAACAAUCUGUAAAAUAAUCUGUUUUUAUAACUCAAUACAAUUGCAGAAAAUCUUGUUUUAAAUCUGUAUUUUUAACUAAUCUGUUUGAGAAAUGUUAAUGUUUAUAUAAAAGAAUAAAGCCUAAUACAGGAUAUUGA